CUCCUCCACGGAGACUGGACGGUGACCACCCGACAAGAACUUGCCCAUUGAAAGCAAGCCCGGAACAGCCGGAGAAUGUCCACCCCGAGCAGAUUCAAGAAGGACAAAGAGAUCAUAGCCGAGUAUGAAAGUCAAGUCAAAGAAAUCCGAGCUCAGCUGGUAGAGCAACAAAAAUGCCUGGAGCAGCAGACGGAGAUGCGAGUUCAGCUGCUCCAGGACCUACAGGAUUUCUUCCGGAAGAAAGCCGAAAUUGAGACCGAAUAUUCUCGGAACCUGGAGAAGCUGGCAGAAAGGUUCAUGGCCAAAACAAGAAGCACUAAGGACCAUCAACAGUUCAAGAAAGACCAGAACCUGUUGUCUCCGGUGAACUGCUGGUAUUUGCUCCUGAACCAAGUGAGAAGAGAGAGCAAAGACCACGCCACCUUGAGUGACAUCUACCUGAACAACGUCAUUAUGCGGUUCAUGCAGAUAAGCGAGGACUCCACCCGGAUGUUUAAAAAGAGCAAAGAGAUUGCAUUCCAGCUGCACGAGGACUUAAUGAAGGUUCUUAACGAGCUUUACACGGUGAUGAAAACCUACCACAUGUACCACUCGGAGAGCAUCAGUGCAGAAAGCAAGCUGAAAGAAGCCGAGAAACAAGAGGAGAAGCAAAUGGGGAGAUCUGGUGACCCCGUCUUCCACAUUAGGCUAGAAGAGAGGCAUCAGCGGCGGAGCUCUGUAAAGAAAAUUGAAAAAAUGAAGGAAAAGAGACAAGCAAAAUACUCAGAAAACAAGCUGAAGUCGAUCAAAGCACGCAACGAGUAUCUCCUAACCCUUGAAGCAACCAACGCCUCUGUGUUCAAGUAUUACAUCCACGACCUUUCGGACUUAAUCGAUUGCUGUGAUCUCGGCUACCAUGCAAGUCUGAACAGAGCCCUCAGAACAUACCUCUCGGCGGAGUACAACCUUGAAACCUCCAGACACGAAGGCUUAGACAUCAUUGAAAAUGCUGUGGACAAUUUAGAGCCAAGAAGUGACAAGCAGAGAUUCAUGGAGAUGUACCCUGCGGCAUUCUGCCCACCAAUGAAAUUUGAGUUUCAGUCUCACAUGGGCGAUGAGGUGUGUCAGGUCAGCGCCCAGCAGCCCGUCCAGGCGGAACUCAUGCUCAGGAACCAACAGCUGCAGUCACGACUGGCCACGCUCAAGAUCGAGAGCGAGGAGGUCAAGAAAACAACAGAAGCCACCCUCCAGACGAUCCAAGAUAUGGUCACUAUUGAGGACUACGAUGUGUCCGAGUGCUUCCAGCACAGCCGAUCCACAGAGUCUGUGAAGUCCACUGUGUCUGAAACCUAUCUGAGUAAACCCAGCAUCGCCAAGAGACGAGCUAACCAGCAAGAAACUGAGCAGUUCUACUUCAUGAAACUUCGAGAGUUCCUGGAAGGCAGUAGCCUCAUCACAAAGCUCCAAGCUAAACACGACUUGCUGCAGAGGACUCUUGGAGAAGGUCAUAGAGCUGAAUACAUGACUACAAGCCGGGGACGAAGGAACUCUCACGCAAGACACCAGGACUCAGGCCAGGUUAUCCCUCUCAUUGUGGAAAGCUGCAUCCGAUUCAUCAAUCUCUAUGGUCUUCAGCAUCAGGGGAUUUUCAGAGUGUCUGGUUCCCAGGUGGAAGUGAACGAUAUCAAGAAUUCUUUCGAGAGAGGUGAGAAUCCUCUGGCCGAUGACCAGAGCAACCAUGAUAUUAACUCUGUGGCCGGUGUUCUGAAACUGUACUUCCGUGGGUUGGAAAACCCCCUCUUUCCUAAGGAAAGGUUUAACGACCUCAUUUCGUGUAUCAGAAUAGAUAACCUCUAUGAGAGGGCACUCCACAUCCACAAACUCCUCCUGACCUUGCCCAGGUCAGUCCUUAUAGUGAUGAGGUACCUGUUCGCCUUCCUCAAUCACCUCUCCCAGUACAGUGACGAGAACAUGAUGGACCCUUACAAUCUGGCCAUUUGCUUUGGCCCAACACUGAUGCCAGUUCCGGAAAUACAGGACCAAGUGUCUUGCCAGGCACACGUGAACGAGAUCGUGAAGACGAUCAUCAUUCAUCACGAGACUAUUUUCCCAGAUGCGAAAGAACUGGAUGGCCCUGUGUACGAGAAAUGUAUGGCCGGAGGCGACUACUGCGACAGCCCAUACAGUGAGCAUGGUACCCUGGAGGAGGUGGACCAAGACGCUGGCACAGAGCCCCAUACCAGUGAAGACGAGUGUGAGCCCAUCGAAGCCAUAGCCAAGUUUGACUAUGUCGGGCGGUCAGCUAGAGAGCUGUCCUUCAAGAAGGGUGCUUCACUGCUGCUGUAUCACCGAGCUUCUGAGGACUGGUGGGAAGGCAGACACAACGGCAUCGAUGGGCUUGUGCCUCAUCAGUACAUAGUUGUGCAAGAUAUGGACGAUACAUUUUCAGACACGCUGAGCCAAAAAGCCGACAGCGAAGCCAGCAGCGGGCCAGUCCCUGAAGACAAGUCCUCAUCCAAGGACAUGAACUCCCCGACUGACCGCCAUUCCGAUAGCUAUUUAGCCAGACAAAGAAAGAGAGGAGAACCACCCCCUCCGGGAAGACGUCCUGGAAGGACCAGUGACGGCCAUUGUCCCCUGCAUCCCCCACAUGCUCUGUCUAACUCCUCGAUUGAUCUGGGAUCCCCAAACCUAACCGGUCACCCCAGGGGCCUGUUGCAGAACCGUGGCCUCAACAAUGACAGUCCUGAGAGGCGACGCCGGCCGGGCCAUGGCAGCCUGACCAAUAUCAGCCGCCAUGACUCCCUCAAGAAGAUAGACAGCCCUCCUAUCCGGAGGUCUACGUCAUCAGGGCAGUACACCGGCUUCAAUGACCACAAGCCGCUAGACCCCGAGACAAUUGCUCAGGAUAUUGAAGAGACCAUGAAUACGGCUUUGAACGAACUCCGUGAGCUGGAGAGGCAGAGCACAGUGAAACACGCCCCGGAUGUCGUGCUAGACACCUUGGAGCAAGUGAAAAAUUCGCCCACCCCUGCGACUUCCACAGAAUCUCUCAGCCCGCUGCACAGCGUCACCCUCAGGAGCUCAGAGCCGCAGCUUCGACGGAGCACCAGCUCCUCCAGCGAUACAAUGAGUACUUUCAAGCCUAUGGUGGCACCCAGGAUGGGUGUCCAGCUGAAGCCCCCAGCCCUUAGGCCAAAGCCUGCUGUUCUUCCAAAAACAAACCCUACUGUAGGACCUGCCGCACCUUCCCAGGGUCCCACAGACAAGUCUUGCACGAUGUAAAAACAAAGGUCAUGAGGGAAGGGGGGUGUGUGUGUGAAAGUGAAAAUGAAUUAGUGGCAAGAAUCGGUGAUCCUCAGCCUUCCUCAGUCUCGCCCUUAUAACUGGAGAUCCCUUGGCUUUUCUAUGUUGUGUCGAAUGUAAUGAUGUCUGGGACUAGCUGAAUUAACACGGGCAUUUGUAUUUUGUAAUUUUUUUAAUAACUGGACACUUGUCAUUUUAAAGACAAUAGGAACACUUAGACUUACUUGAAAAUCCAAUGCUGCACCCCUGUAACGAAGGCAACACCUCACCCAACACUAGGCAUAUGACUUCCGAUUUAGUGUAGCCCAGGUGAGUGUCCCGGAAGCAAGAGAACCCGAAUCCUAGAUCUCACUGGAGUAGCAUCACCCGCCAUGAUCUGUGACACUAGCAGGAAGAGAGCACUCGUUGCCUAGUAACCAACAACAAGCACCUCUAACUCUGUCCAGAGUGGCUGCUGGCACCUGAUCAAAGUCACAGAGGAAGGCUCCAGAGGAACCUUCAGUUGAUGGCUUGAAGGAGUUCAAUGAUGGACCCUUGCAUCAAAGUCAUUUCCCUGGAUCCAGGUUAAAGACUCAGUGGAAGGGUGCAGAAGACCCUAAGAUGUUGCUUGAUCUGAACCUGGAAAAGGUAGUAAGGGGAAAACUGUUGACAUUACUCCCUCAAAGAACUCGGCCGGGCCCUGGAGAAGUCCAAGUCCACCCCCUACACUUACAAAGGACUAGAACAGUCGAAUUGUAAGACUUUCUGGUUGCACCACAAACUCCUGCACAUUUGUUCGAUAACAGCCUGAGAAACAUGGCUGCCUUCCCCUAAACACCCAUGAUCUCCUUUAUGGCAAUGGGGAAAAAAAACCAAACAGGAAGUGAAUCCUUCAUCCACUGAUGUUGUGACUAAAUUACCUUGGUUCCUUUAUGCCACAAGGGUCCAAUGGUCCCCAAUCUGAAGCCCCAGCCCUACUACCCACAUCUCUCUUUGAGCCAAGCCAGAUCUGGCUAUGGUACUGAGGGAGCCAUGCGAGGCCACCAAGGGAAGAGGACCUUGUGGCACCGGGAUGGUGUCUUCCCAGUUUUGUACCUCAGAAUCGUGACUUCUGUUCUCGUCCUAUUUGUGUUUGCUUUUUGGGUUAUGAUCUCUACAGAACUAUACCCAAAUGGGCUCAAUUAGGGACCUCUUUCCCUGGCAUUUUGGCAUAUAGCCAUUUUUCUUUAUUAUAUUUACUGUAUUUUUCCUCCAUCUUAAAAAAAUGGUAGAUUUGUGUUUGUUUGGUUCUGGGGACUGACGGGGACCUCUUGCAUGCUAAGUAUACACUACCACUGAGCUGUACAUCCCAAGAUCAUUCUGAACACAACUAUUCUCACUAAGGUACAAAUCACAAUUUUCCUAGCCACAGCAGCGGACAUCUGCAUUAACACUGAACUUUCUGAUGGAGCAAACAGAUGGCUCAAAGCAAACCCCUUAGGACCCACCAUUAAUUACCCUCUAGCUGGUUGUGUGCCCACCUAACAGUAGCACAGCAUUGACAAUAGCUUCUGCAGAAACCAACCAAGACCUGUACUAAAGUCAGGGUCGUAACCGAUGGCUACCUCAGUUUGCCAGUCCAGUCAUCCCAUUGCAGGAAAACAUAUCGGUGAAAUAUUCCCUUUCCAAGUCACUCUCCUCACUUCAUAAAUGUACUGAAGACAGACUCCCUACCCCCAGGUACUUCAGAUAUGGUAAGGCUUUAAGCCUCGAAUUUUUCGAAACCAUUCUUUCCAACCAUUUUGAAAAAGAAGCCAUGGAGACCCAGCCAGGACUACCCUUUGAUUGACACUGACUGGUGGUCUCCUUGGAAAUUUAUUGUCCCCUAAAUGGACCCUCCACUUACUAGAAAACAAUAACGACUCUUAAAAGCAUUUUUCCAUUCCUUGACGGAUGAUGCCAGCAGAGGGCAGAAGAAAUUGGCUGCCGUUUGAGUUCAUCUGUAAAUGCCUUUCUUAAGCUUUCAUUUUAGCUUUUCAGAUCUUACUUCCUUAGACAGCUCCCUGGCUUCUGUGCCCCACCUAUGCCUUUCUAACCACUAGGUCAGGACUCUGCUACCUUGAAUAGCAAAGGCCAUACUCGUAUACACUGCCAGGGGCCUCUUCCUCUAGGAAACAGCUCCUGGUAGGCUCCAUCCUUUUCCUUCUCCAUCGUCUGUCCUGUGCCUGUUACCAUUCCCAGGCAUACCUUUGUCUCAAAUGAAAGCCAAGAGUGUAGAUGGCCUCCAGGUAAGCUCUCACCAAUCCUUCCUUUCUUGAGUGAUAACUCAUCAGGCCUACCCUUCCCCCUCUGACUUGGCACCCUUUGAGCCACGCCCCGAAGAGCUUAAGGUAAAGCAUCCCCCUGCACAAAGGACCCUAGAAGCUGUCAGUAAAGUUCCCUAAAAGCUGCAGCAACUGAAAAGGGUCGCCUUGCAAGGCCUGGUUUAUACCACAAAUGUAGCAUAGCAGGAAGGCACAAAGAAAGGAAGGAAAUGAACCCCAAGGUGCUCUCUGUUCUCCCCAUUGCCAAUCUCAGUCCAUAUGCAGCUUAGGGAUGGGAGUGUUUGGUGAGCAAAUCCAUGACGAUACCGGACUCCACAAGCACUCAAGAUUCGUAGCCGAUAGAACCACAUGUUUACAGCCCAUCUGCAAAGCCCAUCUGUAGAGCCCUGACGGAGAUUUGCAAAGCCCUUUGGUGUGUGUUGGGGGGGUUUGAGGAAUGGGUUGCUAGGAACUUAACUGCACAUUCUCUGAGGAGUGUCGCAUAAACUUUCGAACUGUCUCGGGCACUGCGCAAAGCUCGAGGUCUUGUCACAUGCCACACCAUUAUUCAACAGUUUUCCUUGUGUUCACACAACGUACUCUGACUUCGGUGCCCCAUGAGCCAGCCACAGAACAAUUCAUAGUGAGGUCCCACUCAUUCAACUACCAUAGUCAUGAGUAAUUACCAAUGGAUAAACAGCUCCAAAGGGCCAGUCUCUCUUGAAUUCUCUGUCUCUGCACUUGCCAUUCCCAAAGCGGCUCUAUCAUUUAACUAAGAAGCUGGGUCGAUGGUAGUGGUCUUAGCAUUUCAGAUUGCCCAGCCUCUAAUGUCUGCGUGCUGAAGGAACUGUGAUCUAACAUUUGAAAUCUAACAGUAAGGGGGCCAUGAGUUCAUUGAGAGUCUAUUUGGGUUGGUUUUUUUUUUUUCCUGGCAAUAGUAGAAAAGACUAUAAAUUCAGGAAACGCAUCUGGGAUGCCAUCUCUGGUAUCCAACACUGAGACCCUGAAACACAGAAAUCCUGGAAGUGCAGAUAGAACCCCCUACUUGAGACUGACCCCUGAGCUGAGAGGCCCCCUCAAGCUCCAGCUGGCUGGAGCCUCAGGCUUGCAGCGGAGACCGAGUUCCCACUCAUCCUAGUAUACUUUAUUUAAAAAAAAAGAAAAAGUCUCGGUGGUAUAAUCAAGAUGGGUAACUGUAUCUUUAAAUUACAUAGGGAAUUUUGUAUGUUUAAAUAACCGUACCAGGUUCCAUAACGCUUAUCUUAGAAACUAGUAAGAGAAAAUAUAUAAACUGUGCGUUUGUGAAUGCCCCUCCGUAGAGCGUUCACACAAGUUCCGUGUGUAGUGUGACGGUGACUGUAGAUAUCUAAAGCGUAGUAGGUGGCUGUGUAACAGGAGAGAUUGCUCUGUCCCUGCAUUCUGAACGAUAACUCCCACCCACGUAAUUAAACCAGUAUUGUCCUUUCCUGUUGAUUUGGUCAGUUGCAGUACCGGUAGCUUUCUGCUUGUGACAGUUACCUAAGUGUGUCAAUGUACAUCUGUAGUAUGUACAUGUGAAAGUGCCUUCCUAUCUUAGAGUUAGCCUUGCUCUUGGACUGUUGCCCACUAGGUCCCACCCAGUUCCUUCAUUUCCUGCUGCCCACCACAGUGUCCUGAAACUCCCUCCACUUGUUCCCAGCCUCUCCCCAUCCCCAGCCUCCUGCGCCUCAGUCAUGUGCAUCUCGCAUCGUGUGGAUUGUCACACUGUCUUGUUGCCCUCCUAGACGUGACUGUGCCUUUCUCACCCUGCUGUGACUCCCUGCCAUCCAAUCCAACCUCCCCACAAGGCCCCACCCACACUGGUACUGCCAUCCGUCCCCUUGCUCUGUACUGCUCUCCAGUACGUCCCCCUCCUCUCUGAGGUGAGGAGGAAAGGGGUGCUUUUACAGUCCUGGAAGAGAAGAUGUUUUGUUAAUUUGUCGUGACGAUGCACUUUUCUGUAUAGUACAGUACAUUUUUGGCAUGUACCAUUGCAGGCUUCAAUAUACAGUUGGGUUUGUUCUUCAAGGUGUAGCUUUAUAAUAAAUAUGAUAGUUCUGACCA